AUGACGUACUCGGCGAGCGAGCCUGAAUCGACGUCAUGUUCUCAAACCCCUGUGCUGUUCGCCUCGCACGGCACCCCCUUCACAUACCUCAAUGAGAGCCCGUCGACAGUUUGGUGGCAGGAAUUUGGGCGAGAGGCGUUGGCCCAUGGUAUCAAAGGGAUUGUCUAUGUUUGUUCACACUGGGUAGAAGAGGACGAUCGGAUUCGCGUGAGCACCGGAGAGCAUCCACAAGUGACACAUAUGGAACUUGUGCCACGCCGGUACUGGGAAAACUACCCCAUCAAUGUCUCCCCCGAGCUAGGCCGAAGGGUAGUUUCAGUGCUCAAGGCUGCCGGCCUGCCAGAUGUUGAUGAAGACCCCAAUGCGCAGUGGCAAGAUGACACUCUUACACCUUCACGUUGGAUGUUUCCAGAGGGAAACCCACCUGCAACCUGCGUCAGCAUUAAUGCCCGCUACGAUCCCAUCGUCCAUAUCAAACUAGGACGAGCGCUGCGUCCGCUAAGGAGCGAGGGCAUCCUCAUCGUGGGCUCCGGCGCAAUUACCCACAAUCUUUUCCGAGCCAGUUGGGCCCCUGUCCUACGAAGUGGAUUGCGAACAGCCUACCACCCCAACUACAAGCCGGAAAAAUGGGUGCUGGACUUUGAACGCGCAGUGCGCGACUCAAUCAUGUUUAACUCGGGUCCUCGCUUGGCGGGUGCGCUGGUAAGGCUGCUAGAUCACCCUUGCUACAAGCUCGCGCAUCCAUCCGACGACCAUUUCUAUCCGCUGAUCGUCAUUGCUGGCGUCGUGUCGGGUGACGACGACACUGUGCAUGGGCGGAAGAUGGCAGAGUCAUGGGAUGUGGGCAAUGUGUGCUCGUCGCAAUAUCUCUGGGGAAGCUGGUCGGGAGAGACGUAAUAAACAUGCUAGGGGCCCAGGCCACGUCUUGGUUGUGUGAUCUAAUAGCUGCAGGAUUUUGCCGGUAUACAGAU